AUGGUUCUGUCUCUAAAUCAUCUACCGGAAGAAAUCCUCCAUUCGAUUUUAUGCUCCUUGCAUCCUUGCUCCACCGCUGCUCUAGAACAGACCAGUCGCUAUUUCAGAGAUGUAGCCCAGAAACGCUUUCUCUGGCGCUACUACUGCAAAAGAUAUUAUACUGCCUGGGAUAAUAAACAUAGGAUUCUUCACAAGUUCGCGACUCCUGUGUCUGAGGUCGAUUGGAAGGCCCUCUUUGUGCUGCGAUACAGAACUGAUCGCGCGGUCACGGCGAAUCUGGACAGUAUUCUAGUUUGUCAAACAGGGCGCAUCGAGAAGUUCCGGUGUGUGAUUGGGUUUGGUUAUGAUGCAAAAGAUACACUCUUGCGCCAUAGUACAAUAGAGACUGGGGAAGAUCACCUCGCAAGAAGGUACUACGCUCGAGCGCUUCUGACUUGUCUUUAUCGAAAUAUCGCAAUUCCCGAAUGGGCCAAGCUCAAGCGCGGAGAGCCCAUAGCGCUCGAGUGUGGCUUAGGUGCAUUUGAUCUUUUUAUUCCAGAGAGCGGCUGUGGUAACUUUGAUGAGAUUCGGAACAGGCUGACUGAAAUUGUCAUCCAAUUCAACGCAUCUCAUCCCGAUAUUGAGCAUCUCAGUCCUCGGGAAGAGGCUCUUCUGCUUGCUUCCUGGUUACGAGAGAACAAUCUCACCGGUAUUGAACAAGGACGGGAGUACCACUCCCUUGAGCAUAAUUUCUUGGGGCUGGCCCUGAAGAGCUCGGGGCAUAAUUCUCUCCCGUUAAUCUCCGCCGCGAUCUAUUGUUAUGUGGCGCAAAAUUUGGGGCUAAAUGCCGAACUUUGCCGAAUUCCAUUCCAUGUAUAUGUCACAGUUACCCCACAGGUGGGCUUUGAUAUGGAUGGGAAUUCUCUACGAGACCUUGAGCCAGGCUCUCCUAUGUACAUCGACCCAUCUCGAGAGGCACGUGAGAUUCCGGCGUCUGACCUCCGCGAUCAAUUGAUUUUCUUUGGGGCCUCAAAUACUGAGCAGGCCGAGGUACUGAGUGGGUCAGUGACCUCUGAGAUUAUCUUGCGUUGCAGCAGAAAUAUCUUGAAUUCUGUCGAUUGGGCGGUUCAACAUCCGGAUAUUCCCUCGGCUGUGGAUGUUGUGAGUGCCAAAUACGCCGCUCUGUGGUCUUCGAUGCUUCUUUCUGGUGUUUCGCGGCCAGUAGACCUACGACAUCAAUUGCCAUGGUUGAUGGAACUAUUCGCUACCGACUUUCCGUGUGAUAUCUUCCUGGUGGAAAAGUAUAUUGCGCCACUUUUUCAAGGUCAUUUUGAAUAUGAACACAUUCUGGAAAGCCUUCAGGUGAUGCGGUCAGCGGAUAUGAUCCCCAAGCAGGUACACAGACGAUCUGCAAAGAAUAAGAAUAUUCGGUACAAGGUCGGGCAGGUAUUUCGCCAUCGUCGGUACCACUACCAGGCUAUUAUCACUGGUUGGGAUUCCGAAUACGGCGCAGGGGAUGAAUGGAUGAGACGAAUGGGAAUUGAUAAUCUGCAAGCAGGCAGGCAUCAGAGCUUCUACCAUGUUUUGGUCGAGGAUCGUACUGUACGGUAUGUGGCAGAAGAAAACAUCGAGCCUUUUUUCCCUGAUGUGACCGAGUUACCUCGUAACCUGCUGAGUCUUGCGGGAAAGCAUUUUAGGCGCUGGGAUGAAGUUACUGGGGCGUUUGUUAGCAAUGUGCGUGAUGAGUAUCCAGACGACUAG